CUUCCCUGUACAAUAUUUUAACAUUUAAAAUUCCUCCAAUGUUUUGACCCAAAUCCCUGUUCUUCAUUUCAUUUCAUUUCAUACCUCAACAACACUUCAAAAUCAAAAUCUUCUGUUGAAUUUCAAUAUCAAUCAUUAAUAGCUUUUUGGCAAGUGGGGUCAAUACCAAAGACUCAUCAGUUUUUUAAUACAUUACAUUUUUGGGUUCUCUUUUCAACACGCAUAUUCCGCGUUAACAGAUUCAGAUUUUGAUUUGGAUUAAUGGGUCUCUAUAAAGUUUGUAACUUCGUUGAAGAGACUAGUGAUUUCAGUUAACAGGGUGUUUCAACAGUUUCAGUUUCAAAGAGAUGGAUAUAACAGAAAUUUCUAUCUUACAUCAUGUUGGGAUUGUGCUGAUUUGCAUCUGGUUGCUAUCUGCAUUCAAUUGCUGCCACCCAAUUGCUUAUUUUAUUUCUCUGAUCUAUAUUUAUCUGGUUCAUGAGCGUUAUGUUAUCAGGCUGCAGAAGAAGUUGCAGCAUGAGGAGUGGAAACAAGCUAAUCAAAGAAGGGUGCUUUCUGAUUCUGAAACAGUCCGGUGGUUGAACCAUGCAGUUGAAAACAUAUGGCCCAUAUGUAUGGAACAAAUUGCCUCUCAGAAAGUUUUACUCCCUAUCAUACCAUGGUUCUUAGAGAAGUACAAACCUUGGACUGCUAAAGAAGCCUUAGUUCAGCACUUAUACUUGGGAAGGAACCCACCUUUGUUUACUGAAGUGAGGGUGCUUCGCCAGUGUGAUGAUGACCACUUGGUUCUGGAGUUAGGAAUGAAUUUUCUUACAGCUGAUGAUAUGAGUGCAAUACUUGCUGUGAAACUGAGAAAGAGAUUGGGCUUUGGAAUGUGGGCAAAGCUGAACAUAACUGGAAUGCAUAUUGAAGGGAAGGUCUUGGUAGGGGUAAAAUUUAUGCAGACAUGGCCUUUUAUUAGCCGUUUACGCGUCUGCUUUGUUGAGCCUCCAUAUUUCCAGAUGACUGUUAAACCUAUCUUUACUCAUGGGCUUGAUGUUACAGACAUUCCAGGGAUUGCAGGGUGGCUUGAUAAGCUUUUGUCUAUUGCUUUUGAACAGACCCUUGUUGAGCCAAAUAUGCUGGUUGUUGAUGUUGAGAAAUUUGUUUCACCACAACCAGAGUCUUGGUUCUCGGUGGAUGAGAAGGACCCUGUGGCUUAUGCAAAAAUAGUUGUUGUUGAAGCAUCUGACAUGAAGCCAUCUGAUUUAAAUGGAUUAGCAGAUCCUUAUGUGAAAGGUCGUUUGGGGGGAUACAGAUUCAAAACAAAGAUACAAAAGAAAACACUUAGUCCAAAAUGGCAAGAGGAAUUUAAAAUUCCCAUAUUAACAUGGGAGUCUAGCAACAUGCUGGUUAUUGAAGUUCGUGACAAGGACCAUUUCUAUGAUGAUAACCUCGGGGACUGUUCUGUGAACAUCAAUGAUCUUAGGGAUGGGCAAAGCCAUGAUAUGUGGCUGCCACUUCAGAACGUAAAAAUGGGGAGGUUGCAUUUGGCAAUAACUAUUCUUGAUAACAAUGAAAAGGUAGUUGAUAAUAUAUGUGGUCAGGAAACUGCAGACAUCGAAGAAAGAAAAGAUUCCUAUGCAAAUGAGACUACUAAUAAAAGUUCCUUCUCAUCUGCUUCAUCUGACAAAUCCCCCAAGAUGGCAGAUAACUAUGAGCCUGUAGAUGUCGAUGGUCAAAAGGAAACAGGAAUUUGGGUUCAUCACCCAGGAAGUGAAGUUUGCAAAACUUGGGAACCAAGAAAAGGGAAGAGUCGACGCCUCGAUACAGAAAUUCGCGGGGAGCCUAAUGAUUUAGAUGGUAACCGCAAUUCAACUGCCUCUGGCCCGUUGAACAAUGACAGCAGCAGUCCUGAUGACAAUACUGAAGAUAAACAUCUAAGGAGAUCAUUUAGAAGGGGCCUGCACAAUAUUAGUUCAGUAUUUCGCAGGAGUAAAAAAAGGGAUGAUAAGUCAGAUCCUAUCAGCGAGGAGUUUUCGUCACCACGUGUUAACAUUAGGUCAGUCAAUGAAAAGGGGGUCGGUGUGCAGUUUAUUAUGGAGGAUCACAUUUCUGGCUUUCCCACUGGUAAGAUUCAGGUAGAAGGCGGAUCAACUGAAGGGAGUGGUCCUGAUAGCCCAGCCAAGGGAAAUGUAAAGGAUAUGGCGAAGAAUAUUUUGAAGCAUGCAGAGAAAUCGGCUCGCAGCUUAAAGCAUGCUAUUUCUCGUAAAUCAGGGAAAUAUAAAGGCGAGUUACCAACAGCUCCAGAGGGAGAAAAUGAAUCCGACUCUACGGAUGAUGAAUCUCUUUCCGCUCAGUCACCCAUAGAUGAAAGAACUACCAUUGCUUCCCAGGCCACAGUCUCAGGCAACAAUGGUUCCCCCAAUUCCAGGGUGAAUGUGGUUCAAUCAGUUCCGUCUAACACAGUCUCAGGCAACAUUGGUUCCCCCAAUUCCAGGGUGAAUGUGGUUCAAUCAGUUCCGUCUAACACGGCUGUGGAGGGUGAAGCUCCAGUGGAGAACACCAAACUUGAAGUAGUGCCGGAAAAGGCAUCCUCCCCUGACAGGUCUGGUGAAGAAUUUAUUAAAUCUGAUCAGCUGGAGCGUGAUAAAGAGGAAAUUGUGGCAGAUAAAUGAGAUGUUGUCAGUUUCUUCAGCUGAUGAAUGGCUUGGCAAGUUUAUAUUUUGUCCAGCAUUCUAUAGUUGUGUUCUUGUCUGUACAGCUUUUCACUUUUAUAGUCCUUGGGAUAGUUAAUAGCCAUAGGUCAUGUAACAUAUGUUCUGUAUCAGGUGCUGGAAAGUUUUAUUUUCAGUAGAGGUUUGUUAGCUUGCAAAACUUACACAAGGAAAAAAGAUAAAAGAUAUGCAAUCUGUUUUGUCCCCUUACAGCAUUUAUAGAGUUGGCAUUUACCAACUUUUUUAUGGUCCACGGUGUCUCAUGCACUUGUAAGACAUGAGAAAUACAGUAUUAUGGUUGACCCUUUUCUGUAUCCUUGAGUGAGUGUGAUACUAAGGAGGCGAGCGAUUUGACAUUAA